AUGUACCGCCCACUGUUCACCUCAAACACUUGUGCCUUCUUCCCCCCGCCCCACCAAUCCCACCCUGUAUUGUGGUGGUGGUGGUGGUGGUGGUGGUGGUGGUGGGGUGGUGGUGGUGGUGGUGGUGGUGGUGGUGGUGGUGGUGGUGUGGUGGUGGUGGUGGUGGUGGUGGUGGUGGUGGUGGUGGUGGUGGUGGUGGUGGUGGUGGUGGUGGUGGUGGUGGUGGUGUGGUGGUGGUGGUGGUGGUGGUGGUGGUGGUGGUGGUGGUGGUGGUGGUGGUGUGGUGGUGGUGGUGGUGGUGGUGGUGGUGGUGGUGGUGGUGGUGGUGGUGGUGGUGGUGGUGGUGGUGGUGGUGGUGGUGGUGGUGGUGGUGGUGGUGGUGGUGGUGGUGGUGGUGGUGGUGGUGGUGGUGGUGGUGGUGGUGGUGGUGGUGGUGGUGGUGGUGGUGGUGGUGGUGGUGGUGGUGGUGGUGGUGGUGGUGGUGGUGGUGGUGGUGGUGGUGGUGGUGGUGGUGGUGGUGGUGGUGGUGGUGGUGGUGGUGGUGGUGGUGGUGGUGGUGGUGGUGGUGGUGGUGGUGGUGGUGUGGUGGUGGUGGUGGUGGUGGUGGUGGUGGUGGUGGUGGUGGUGGUGGUGGUGGUGGUGGUGGUGGUGGUGGUGGUGGUGGUGGUGGUGGUGGUGGUGGUGGUGGUGGUGGUGGUGGUGGUGGUGGUGGUGGUGGUGGUGGUGGUGGUGGUGGUGGUGGUGGUGGUGGUGGUGGUGUGGUGGUGGUGGUGGUGGUGGUGGUGGUGGUGGUGGUGGUGGUGGUGGUGGUGGUGGUGGUGGUGGUGGUGGUGGUGGUGGUGGUGGUGGUGGUGGUGUGGUGGUGGUGGUGGUGGUGGUGGUGGUGGUGGUGGUGUGGUGGUGGUGGUGGUGGUGGUGGUGGUGGUGGUGGUGGUGGUGGUGGUGGUGGUGGUGGUGGUGGUGGUGGUGGUGGUGGUGGUGGUGGUGGUGGUGGUGGUGGUGGUGGUGGUGGUGGUGGUGGUGGUGGUGGUGGUGGUGGUGGUGGUGGUGGUGGUGGUGGUGGUGGUGGUGGUGGUGGUGGUGGUGGUGGUGGUGGUGGUGGUGGUGGUGGUGGUGGUGGUGGUGGUGGUGGUGGUGGUGGUGGUGGUGGUGGUGGUGGUGGUGGUGGUGGUGGUGGUGGUGGUGGUGGUGUGGUGGUGGUGGUGGUGGUGGUGGUGGUGGUGGUGGUGGUGGUGGUGGUGGUGGUGGUGUGGUGGUGGUGGUGGUGGUGGUGGUGGUGGUGGUGGUGGUGGUGGUGGUGGUGGUGGUGGUGGUGGUGGUGGUGGUGGUGGUGGUGGUGGUGGUGGUGGUGGUGGUGGUGGUGGUGGUGGUGGUGGUGGUGGUGGUGGUGGUGGUGGUGGUGGUGGUGGUGGUGGUGGUGGUGGUGGUGGUGGUGGUGGUGGUGGUGGUGGUGGUGGUGGUGGUGGUGGUGGUGGUGGUGGUGGUGGUGGUGGUGGUGGUGGUGGUGGUGGUGGUGGUGGUGGUGGUGGUGGUGGUGGUGGUGGUGGUGGUGGUGGUGGUGGUGGUGGUGGUGGUGGUGGUGGUGGUGGUGGUGGUGGUGGUGGUGGUGGUGGUGGUGGUGGUUGUUAUUCCUUCCCAUUGCUCUGCCCCUCUCCCCAAACCGCUGUCCCUAAUGUCUCCCGUGGCAGCCCCCCAUGUCCCCCCUCCCUUAACCCCCCCCCACGCCUCUCCCCCCAUUCUUCCCCAUGCCUCUCCUGCCAUGCCUGCCAUGCUCGCCAUGCCUGA